CUACUUUCCAGUUUCCUGGAAUACCAGUUUUACAGAAGGUCACAAGAGCCACAGUUGGCAGUUCUGCUUAAUUUCUGUAUUCUAGGGAGUAAUUCACCUGGUUCUGGAAAGCUGAAAUUUGUUAAAUUAACUCAGUGUUCUUUUGUGUACCUUGAAUUGCAACUCCCUCUUUCCAUUUGUGGUACAAUAACAGUGGCCAGUUAGGCCUUUGUUUUCCUUCUGAGAGAUGCGAAAUGUAAAAGAUGAGAUAAAAAGUUUCAGUCUCUGCUUCCCUGGAAUACUUCCUGUUCUUUUGCCUAGCAAGAUGGAACUUCCUCAGGUGGCAUUUGAAGAGGUUGCUGUGUAUUUCACAGAUCAGGAGUGGGCCUUGCUAAAUGUUGGUGACAAAGUCCUCUACAAGGAUGUCAUGCAGGAGAAUUUUGAACACGUGAUGUCAUUGGGCAUCCUUCUUGCUCUGAAAGAAAGCAAAAUCGCGCCUUGUCUACUUUUGGUAACACCCUAUUCUAGCUCUCUGGCUUUUCACCAGGUCUCAUUUGAGGAGGUGGCCAUGCAUUUUUCUGAGCAAGAGUGGGCAUUGCUGAAUGUGAACGAAAAAGCCCUCUACAAGGAUGUUAUGCAGGAAAACUAUAAGCAUAUAUUGUCCCUGGGCUUCCCAAUUGCUCAGCCUGUAAUGGCUUCCCAUACAGAGCAAAGGGACGGGCUGUGGAAGUCAGACUUUCAGGACUAUUGGAAGAGCCAGUCCUUGACAAAAUUCAUUCCAGGAGACAUUUCUCCACCAGGAAGCCCCACCGCCACAACACCAUUUGGAAGAUUGCUGGGUCAUUUACAAGCCACGGACCGAGAGGAACUCCAAGAGGAGAAUCAGAUCGUGCUGGGAAGAUUGGAUGAAACUGUCCCUUUAAGAAGAAACAUCCGGGCCCCAGAAGGCCCUCCGGCUGAUGUAGGGGAAAGAAAAGAUUCUUGCCUCAAAUGUGGGAAAACUUUCUGUCACAAAUCGGCGCUCACCGCUCACCUGAGGAUCCACACUGGAGAAAAGCCAUAUCGCUGCCAAGAGUGUGGGAAAAGCUUUAACCAAAGCUCGGCCCUCACUCAACACCAGAGGAUCCACACUGGAGAGAAGCCCUACGCCUGCGUCAGUUGCGGCAAAAGAUUCAGCCAGAGCUCUGCUCUGACCCAACACCAGAGGAUCCACACCGGGGAGAGGGCGUACACCUGCCUCGACUGCGGGAAGAGCUUCAUCUACCAGUCAGCUCUGAUUCGGCAUCGGCGAAUCCACACGGGAGAGAAAUGCUACACGUGUCCUGAUUGUGGAAAAGGUUUCAACCAAAGCUCCAACCUUAUUACGCACCGGAAAAUUCAUAAAGGCGUGGAAGGUAAUGGAACAGCCUAUGGGAAUGGCAAAAAGAGUCCUGAGCUUGAAAAACGUGUGCAGUUAGAACCGCAUAGCAACACUUAUAGGACAUUCCAGCAAGUUUGUCCACAGAGUUCUCCUUUGGAAAAAUGCCUUUUGGACUGGAAAAUUUCCAAGAGAAACCCUUCAGAUCAGGCCGAGGAAACACCUGUGUCUAGCACGGGAAGUGUGAUAUCUCAGAAGGACACUGUAAGAAAAGUAGGCAUUCCUAGGGUGAAACGGCCACUUAUCUGUCACGUCUGUGGAAAGAACUUCAGGUACAGCUCCCAUCUGGUCAACCACCAGCGGAUCCAUACAGGAGAGAAGCCUUACCACUGCACAGACUGUGGGAAAAAUUUCAUUCAGAACUCGGCGCUCAAAAGGCACCAAAGGAGUCACCGAGGUGACAGGCCCUAUCGGUGCUCGGACUGCGGGAAAAGCUUUAGUCGGAAUGCCCAUUUGGCGAAACACCAAGGGAUUCACACUGGGUUAAAACCGUACGAGUGCCUGGACUGUGGGAAGAAAUUCAGUGUGAAGAUGAACCUUGUGAUUCACCAGCGGAUUCACACAGGAGAAAAACCGUACAUUUGCUUGGAAUGUGGGAAAAGCUUUAGCCAAAGGGCUCAUUUCAUUAUCCACCGGAGAAUUCACACGGGGGAGAAACCUUAUGAAUGCCCUGACUGUGGGAGAGCCUUCCGUGUGAGCUCACACUUGGUUACACAUCAGAAGAUCCAUAUGGCAAAGACUUCUUUCAUAUGUCCUGACUGUGGGAAAAGUUUUAAUGGGAGCAAACAGUUUGUUCAGCAUAAGAGGUGUCACACCACUGGAGAGAACAGGCCCCUGCCAAAUUCAGGGGUAACUAUUAAGUGUGAACCCUGAAUUUCCUUAUUAGAAAUGAAUUCUGGGUUCAAUCAGCCCUGAAGUUGAAGAGGGCAUUUCUACAUGAGGGAAUCAAAGGAGGCAAAACGUCUCCCAGCCGCCUCUUAUAAUGGCCAAUUAUGAGCCUUUUUCUGUGUGCUUAGAGCUGGAAUCAAGGCAGUUGAUUGAGAGAGGAGAUUUUCUCAACUUUUAAACUGUUGGGCAGAACUGAAAUCCAAAGACAAUACAAUACAAUACUGGCUUGGCUGUGGAAAGACCCCGUUUCAGCCAUAGGAUUUCAUUACACAAACUAAUCUUAUUAAGAAAAUUGAGAAUAGAUGAAAUGGAGAAAAAAAAUAGCUUGGGUUUACUGUCUUUGAAUUCUUUAGACCAAGAACGGAGUGCCACAAAUAAGAUGCUGUAUUAUUUAUUUCUAAAAGAGAACCAUCCAGUGGAAUCACCAGACCUCUCCAUUGCGUCCAUUCUGAACAGCAUCCAGGGUAGCAAGGAAAGGACAGAAGAACCAGGAACAGCUUGGUUUCCUGAGAGGACAGUUCUUAUGAUUGCACUGACUGCCAGCUUUGGAGAAGAGAAGGCACGUCUCAUGGCAUCCACCAAAUCGGCCUUUGCAUUGAAUUGAAGGGUGCAUUUGUGAAAUACCACUAAGGCUGGCCAAGAUAUUUUAUUAUUUGAAGUGAAGAACAAAGUGUCUGGCCCUCAUUCUGUUUAUACCACCUACAUUUUCAUAGCUGGAUUUUAUUUCAACUUUGGCAAUUAGACAUCUUUUUGUGCUAGGCCAGUAGGUGGCAGUCUAGCUUAGGUGGCAGAGGAGAAUCUGGGGAGGAGAGCUCCUUGCUGGCCCAAUCUGUAGAAUCCGUUCACUGAUGAUGUUACCUAGUUGGGUAAUGAAACAUCUGCAAGAAAACAACCAAGCUCAGAGAGCACUCAAGGAUCCAGUCUGUAGAAUGUGUCUCCUGAGAAAAUCUGCCGAGCCUCGACUUUCCAGGUGUACAGACAGAAGCACCAGGGAUGUAUGUGGCUCACCAAAAUCUAGCAUAUGCUUUCCAUUUCCAACAUUUGCCAACAGAUUGCAACUGUUAGCAUAACAGAAAGGGAAAUAAUGAUAUGAAACUAAUUUAAUGUAAUUUUAAUUAUAUAUAAACUGCAUUCAAUCCUAUUGUCCUUGCCUAACUGUUGUCUUUUGGGCGUGGACACUGAACUGUAACCAAGAAGCCAAGCACAAGCAUUGGCCUGAGAAGGGGUGUGUCUCUCUGCACUGUACCUAAUAGUAGUGCAGAUCCUACUUUAAUUUAAUUAUGACAUAAAUUGAAGUUAUUUCUGUCUCAUGAAUUGGAUUCAGAAGUCUGCUCCAGAGGAGGGGAAGGGAAAAAAAGAGCCAAAUUCUGCCUCUUUCAUUUAGCAUGACUUUGUAUUUUGUCUUUACUGUCACCAAGAAAAGAAAAGUAGCUUCUAUACUUGUGAUAAAAUGGAACUAAUUUGGCUAACAUUUAAUCUGAUUGGAAUAUCUAUUCCCAAAUCCAAAAUGUUGUUUUUGAACUAUUACUGUAUUUUAAUGUGUUGUAGGAUUUGUUUGGGUUUUUUUGGCCAUUCAGGAAAUUGUUGAGAGAAUAGAAUUUUGUGAAAAUGAUGCUUUUCAGAUUUCUUUUUCAAUGUUUGCAUAUGUUUCAAAAUGUAUUUGUGAGAACUUCAUGUGGGUCUUGUUGAUAUAUAAAAGGAAUCAGAGUGGACAAAUAACACCAACGUUUGGUGCUUAUUUCAAUGAUUUCAUAGCCAUCUGUCUGCCUGCAAUUUGGCAGUUCGAAUCUCACCAGGCUCAAGGUUGACUUGUCCUUCCAUCCUUCCAAGGUCGGUAAAAUGAGGACCCAGAUUGUUUGGGAGCCAAUAGGUUGACUCUGUAAUCUGCUUAGAGAGGGCUGUAAAAGCACUGUGAAGCGGUUAUUUAAGUCUAAGUGCUGUUGCUAUUGCUAUUGCUAUCUAUCACGCAGUGUACAACUUUGUGCAGCUCAGCCAAUGAAAUUAAAGGGCCAGUGGUGUAAGAACUUAAUUAAACAGUCAGGACUGACACAGGCCAACUCUGCUCUAAAGGAAAUUCUCAAGCUCCUUCUCAUUGUAAAGUUGUCACUUCAAAGAUUCCACAAGUAUUACUAUGACCUACUGAGAGAAGAGAAUAUUUGUAGCUCAGAUUUGAACUGUUUUAAGCUUGUUUUUUUUCUUCCCAAACUAUCAUUACCAAAUUUGGUGACAUCAUCCGUGCACUGAUAAUAUUACCUAAUAUGGCAAUGAAAAUAACCAAGCUCAGAGAGCACCAAGGACCCCACAUCCCAUGCCUUGUUAAAAAGAAAGCACGAGACUUCUGUUGAUGGCUAUCAGUCUGAAAACUUUUAUAAAAUUAUUUCCAAAGCCUUAGCCCUUCACAAAUCCACAAUCAAAGCUGAAAAAAUGGCUGAGACAAUAGUCACUCUUAUCAGGAAUGGCUGUCCUGCCAACACAUAGUCCUCAACUUAAUAACUACAAUUGGGAUGGAAUUUUGUUGCUAAAUAAUUUGUUGUUGAUUUUACAACCUGUUUUCUGUCAUUAAGCAAAUCUGGCAUCCUCCAUUGACAUAAAUUGUUGGAAACCAGCUGGGAAGGUAGCAAAUAGUAAUCAUGUGAUUCCAGGGUGCUGCAAAUUAUAUGUUGGUUACCAAGUGUCUGAGUUUUGGUAGUGUGAUCGCAGGGACACUGCAUUGGUCAUAAGUGUGAGGACUUUUUUUUUUGGAUACCUUUAUAAUUCUGGACACUAAAACGAAUGUUGUAAGUCAAGGAUUAUCUGUAUAGAAUGGCAUAGCAGUUUUGUGAAUGUUUAAGAUAACACAGUUUAGAUGAAAAUAUUAAUCAUUGAUUCAAGAUCAUAUUUUUAAAGCUAGAAUACUUGAUUUAUAAUAACCAUCAAAAGGAGUGGGGAAGUGAA